CUCAGGUCCUGUGGCUUCGCUCCCGGCGCUGAGAAUCCCGGCGCUGAGAAUCCCGGCACCCGCGCGCGCUGUGUAGCCAUGGAGGUCCCCGGUAGCCUGUGCAAGAAAGUCAAAUUGAGCAAUAACGCGCAGAACUGGGGGAUGCAGAGAGCAACGAAUGUCACCUAUCAAGCCCACCAUGUCAGCAGGAACAAGAGAGGACAAGUGGUGGGGACCAGAGGCGGCUUUCGUGGUUGUACAGUCUGGCUGACAGGCUUAUCUGGAGCAGGAAAGACCACAGUAAGCAUGGCUUUGGAGGAAUACUUGGUUUGCCAUGGUAUUCCAUGCUACACUUUGGAUGGUGACAACAUUCGUCAAGGUCUCAAUAAAAAUCUUGGCUUUAGUCCUGAAGACAGGGAAGAGAACGUUCGACGCAUCGCGGAAGUAGCUAAGCUGUUUGCAGAUGCUGGCUUAGUAUGCAUCACAAGUUUUAUAUCACCUUAUACUCAGGAUCGCAACAAUGCAAGGCGGAUUCAUGAGGGUGCAAGUUUGCCUUUCUUUGAAGUGUUUGUCGAUGCUCCCCUGCAUGUUUGUGAACAGAGGGAUGUUAAGGGACUCUACAAAAAAGCACGGGCUGGAGAAAUUAAAGGUUUCACUGGGAUUGAUUCUGAAUAUGAAAAGCCAGAGGCCCCUGAAUUAGUGCUGAAAACAGACUCCUGUGAUGUAAAUGACUGUGUCCAGCAGGUGGUGGAGCUUCUACAGGAACGGGAUAUUGUACCUGUGGAUGCCUCUUAUGAAGUGAAAGAACUGUACGUGCCAGAAAAUAAACUUCAUUUGGCAAAAACAGAUGCAGAAACACUACCAGCAUUGAAAAUUAAUAAAGUGGAUAUGCAGUGGGUGCAGGUUUUGGCAGAAGGCUGGGCAACCCCGCUGAAUGGCUUUAUGAGAGAGAGGGAGUACUUGCAGUGUCUUCAUUUCGAUUGUCUUCUGGAUGGGGGUGUCAUUAACCUGUCAGUACCUAUAGUCCUGACGGCUACUCAGGAAGACAAAGAGAGGCUGGACGGCUGCACGGCAUUUGCGCUGAUGUAUGAGGGCCGCCGGGUGGCUAUUCUUCGCAAUCCAGAGUUUUUUGAGCACAGGAAGGAGGAGCGCUGUGCCAGGCAGUGGGGAACAACAUGCAAGAAUCACCCCUAUAUCAAGAUGGUUAUGGAACAAGGAGAUUGGCUGAUUGGAGGAGAUCUUCAAGUCUUGGACCGAAUUUAUUGGAAUGAUGGUCUUGAUCAGUAUCGUUUUACUCCUACUGAGCUAAAGCAGAAGUUUAAAGAUAUGAAUGCAGAUGCUGUCUUUGCCUUUCAACUGCGCAACCCAGUACACAAUGGCCACGCUCUGUUAAUGCAGGAUACCCACAGGCAGCUUCUGGAGAGGGGCUACCGGCGCCCUGUCCUUCUCCUUCACCCGCUUGGGGGCUGGACAAAGGAUGAUGACGUCCCUCUGAUGUGGCGGAUGAAACAGCACACUGCAGUGCUGGAGGAAGGAGUCCUGAAUCCUGAGACCACGGUGGUGGCCAUCUUCCCGUCUCCCAUGAUGUAUGCUGGACCAACUGAGGUCCAGUGGCAUUGCAGAGCACGGAUGGUUGCGGGAGCCAACUUCUACAUUGUUGGACGAGACCCUGCUGGCAUGCCCCAUCCAGAAACAGGGAAGGAUCUUUAUGAGCCGACUCAUGGCGCCAAAGUGCUAACCAUGGCCCCGGGCCUGAUCACCUUGGAGAUCGUUCCCUUUCGAGUUGCCGCUUAUAACAAGAAAAAGAAGCGAAUGGACUACUAUGACUCUGAGCACCAUGAAGACUUUGAAUUUAUUUCAGGAACACGAAUGCGAAAACUUGCCCGCGAAGGCCAGAAGCCUCCUGAAGGUUUCAUGGCUCCCAAGGCCUGGGAUGUGCUGAUGGAGUACUACAAAUCCUUGGAGAAGGCUUAAGCCGUUCACCCACACCUUUGACACCAUACUGAGUAACAAGAGGGGACCACGUAGUUAUUGUUGGCAUUUCUUUGUGGUGAUAUCUGUCCAGACAUGCAUCCCCAAAACAGACCCUUUUCCUUAAGUAUUAACAGCAUCAGUUUGGUCUGCCUUAUGAGUUCUGUUCUGAACUAGUGUAACACACUCCUGGUUUUAAUGUAUCUUUUCCAACUUAUUCUAGUUAUAUUCCUACAGUACAGUUUUAAAACCUUGUCUUUUUGUAUUUAUGCUUCUGUCUUAUCAUUUUUUCAAGCUCUUAUACCAGUUGUAACCAAUAGUAUACACAUUGAAUCUCACUUUUCAUCUCUUGAAAAAAGAAAAAAAGAUUCACUAAACAAUAAACUUGGCUAGAUCUUGUUUUGGGAAUUUUAUAAGACAUCUGUAGCAAUUAGAGUUUU